AUGGCCAUAUCCAGGAGCAAAAUAAAAUAUUUAUUUCCCAAUGCUACAUUACAGUCAUACUAUCCAAAUUCCGAAAUGUUUAAAGUUCCAAAGGUUGGAAGUGCACCAAGAAUAUAUAAUGGUUUAGAUCCUCGAAAGGUACAUAGUUAUCCAUGGAUAAAUAUGUUUAAAACACGAAGAAUAAAAGAAACAGGUUAUCAACAUGGAAAUUGGGCAGGUCCUUCUAUUCAUUCAAUGACACUUGAUGAAUUAGCUACCUUUUUUAGUAAUAAAGAUCAUUUAAAACAUUUUUCUCUUUUUCAAUUAUUUAAAGCAACCUAUGGACAAUUCCAAUUUUUUUUUCUUCUCAUGGGUUCUAUUGUUGUUACUAUAUCACCCAUUAUAUUGUUCACCUUAUAUAUGCAAAAAUUUGAACCCUUAGAAGUUACCAUCGACCCUGAGGAAUAUUAUAAACAUUUUCGAUGGCAUUAUUAUGGAGGGGAAAUUGAUCAUCAUGCUUUCUCACAAUAUCUUGAAGCUAGAAGAGCAGUUAGAUAUAGAAAUGCUGAUAUAAAUCCAGUCGAUUGGAUACCCCCUCAAUAUAGAAAUGUAGAGGAAUAA